CUUUUCCGUUUUCUGUUUUUUUUCUUUAUUGCUUUCAUUUUCUGUUGUGUUGCGAUGACCAGCUUCAUACCCUGCCUUCUGGGCGGAAAGACCCUUACGGGUGUCCUUCCUCCAGAGAAGCAACCUAUUUCCAAGCCCUACUUGCCAUCGACCUCAUCCAACGGUCGUGAUCAGUCACUCCUUGAUAUUGAAUCUUGCAUCGACGAUCCCAGUCUGGCCCCAUUGGGACGUCACGUUACUGCGCGACAACGUAAAUCUCGUCAUUCCAAUGACCAAGGCGAGGUUCAUAUUCAAAAGGAAGUUCCAAAGAAAGAAGUUCGCACAGACGGUUCAUUGAUGCUUCGACGAAGGGGCCUGCGAACGGAAGAAUUGGCCCAACACUUGGACGCUCUGUUGCCACCCUUGGCUCCUUUUUUGCAAUCCGAUGCACGGUAUCAAGAUUUGGUCGAAUUGGAUAUUUCUCGCAAUCGUCUAACGUCUUUAUCGAGCAACAUCACCUUGUUGAGUCAACUGAAAAUUCUCAAUGCGUCCUCCAACUUGCUGACCAGUAUUCCCAAGGAGUUGUAUCAGCUCACCCAGUUGGAAGUCCUCAUUCUGAACCAAAACCAGUUGACGUCAAUUCCAGAAGAAAUGCCAAUGCAACUACCUCAAUUAGUUACGCUGCGCGUAGCUGCCAAUCAUAUCCAAUCGUUACCAUCAAAUAUCCGAUUAUGGCGCAAAAUGCGACAUUUACAAUUAGGCUCGGUGUAUGGUGGCAAUCGACUUAGUUCGUUACCCGAUGGCAUCGUCGACAUGUCUGCAUUGGAAGAUUUGGAUGUUUCCCACAACCAAUUGCUGAACCUUCCCUACAAUAUGUUUAUACCCCAUCUGAUCCACCUGAAUGUCAGCAACAAUCAACUCGACGCUAUACCCAAAUCGAUCGCCCAAUGUCAUAUGUUGAGAACUUUGAACGUUUCUAAAAAUCAUCUGACGACAUUACCAGCUGAUCUCGUCGAAUUACGCCGACUGGAAUUGUUCGAUAUCAGUGAAAAUCUUUUAUGCAUCAUGCCAGCUGACAUUCUGGAACGGAUGCGGACCACUUUACUCAUCACCGGCAAUCCUCUGACUCGACCUGGUCACUGCGAUCUGGGGAGUGCCGAUGCUUAUGCACGCAUCCUGAGACAGAUGACCCAGCGUGCAGUUCCUAUGGUACCCUCGUCGGGUUCCUACCGUGAUCGAUGCGGACCGCAAGGCAUGGGAUGUCUCAACGCAGACGAAGUCCCGUCACCGGAAUCGACCACGCCAACUACCUCCCCUGUUUCUACUUCACCUUCCUCCUCGUCUCCUCCCCCACACCAUCUGGCCGUGGUACGACGUCACUGCGAAGACGAUGAUGCCGCCAUUGAUCGUGAACUGUCGUUUCAUGCACGUCAAUUAAACAUUCGUGGAGCGCGACCGAAUGAUGGGCCUCACUUGGCUGGGACCGUGUCCGUCGACCAUCCAGUCUUGGAGGCCCAAUGCGUACUGUUGAAUGAAUCAACGCAAUUAUCUGGCUCUGCCAACCUUAUCCAUUCCCUGCGAGAAUUGGCAACCCGUGUUAUUCUUCGGCGAAAUAUGAAGGUCCCGUUUGACUGGUUACCGGCGCAUUUAGCAGAAGAUCUUUCCAAGAACUGUCGCAUUUGUGCAGCCUGUCAAGGGGCAUUUGUGAAUGAAUGGGUGGCUUCCGUUCAAGUGAAGAGCUACAAAGGCCAUCCGGCCGUUGUACGUCGAGUCCGAUUCUGCUCAACCCGAUGCUGGAUGACGUGCCUGGAACAAUCAAAAGAACCGACGGCCAAAACGGUUGUUUGUGUCCGUGGCUCGGCUACCUAUAUCAAUCAUGAAGAUACACCCGGCGAUGCAAUGCAACAAAUUCAAGCAGCGGUAGCGGCGGCCACUGCAGAAGCUCCGUGAACCCACUCCCCCCAAAUCCGUUGCACUAUACCCCCGUCUUCCCUCUCUACUGUAUAUAAUUCAUUUUUGACGUUUUCCUGUUAUACCAUUUCAGAUCACCCACGCUACACCUUGCUUUCAUCUUGCUUGAUAAACUGGAC